GGCGGCGUCAUUCCCCGGAAGCAGCGCACUUCUGGGCCCGUCUGGGUCACCGGCUGCCCACCGCCGGCCCCUGGCCCGGCGCCCCUGUCUCGCUCUCCCAGCAGCUGUCUCUCUCGUGCCCACGACCCGUCUCCCUCCGUCGCCGCCUUCUCCGCCUGCCUGGGUGGCCGCCAUGGGCCGGAAACGGCUCAUCACCGACUCCUACCCCAUAAGGAAGAGGAGGGAGGACCCUCCUGGGCCCACCAAGGGCGAGCUGGCCCCUGAGCCAGGGGAAGAGCCCCAGCCCGAGUCCCUGCCCCUGGAUGCGGACGACGCCGACCUGGAGCUGCUGAGGCAGUUCGACCUGGCCUGGCAGUUCGGCCCCUGCACAGGCAUCACCCGGCUGCAGCGCUGGCUCCGGGCAGAGCAGAUGGGCUUGGAGCCUCCCCCAGAGGUGCGCCAGGUGCUGCAGACCCACCCCGGAGACCCCCGGUACCAGUGCAGCCUCUGGCAUCUCUAUCCCCUUUGAAGCACCGCCUGAAACCACCUUCCCAACUCCCCAAGAUCUGCAGGACAGAUGACACAGCCAGUGGCCGUUGCUCAGCUCUGACGGAGUCUCUUGGCUAAGGAAAGACCGAAUCUGGAGGGCUCCCGCUCCUGAAACCGGACUCGCGGGGCCCUCUGCCCACAGACAAGAACCUGGCUGGGACACUUCCAGUGCCUGUGGCACCCCCCUCUCUGCAACGCUGGGGCUUGGGGGUGCAGCCAGUGAGGCACUAACCCUGGCCUCAGACACAGGCAGGUGAAGACGUACCCUUCACCCACAGCUGGCAAUCUCUGGGCAGAACUGGCUGAGCCCACCAGGCACGGUUUCACUAGCGUUUAUCAAUAAAGGACUCUGGACCCCCU